GUGAGCAGAACUCUCUCUCAGAAGGAUUCAAAACCUUCCAGAACUGUCUCUCACGUCAACCAACAACAAACAUACAGCCAGAUGCCUCUGGAAUUCAACCACACAACUCACCAGGGAGACAUAUUUUUAGGUUAGUUCAGAACUGAAUUCUCUUAAAGGAAUAUACUUUUGUGGUUGUGUUUGAGAGUAGUUGAAAUAAGUCCUAAACGUGUGUUUGAUGUAUACCUGGAUGUUGACACUGCUCGUCCUGAGCCUGGGGUUGGGGCAUGCUCAGAGGUCCACCCAGGAAGCCUUCAUGAUGCAGUAUUUUGAGAGGAGGAUUGCCCAACUUGAGGAGCGUCUGAUCAAAUGUGAGCAGAACACCCAGCAGGUGGACCAGAAGAUCUAUGACCUGUCUACAAAGGUGCGUGGCCAGCUGGCUAGCAUGGAGGUGCACCGAACGGAGGUAAAGACUCAGGUGGAUAAUGUAGCCAUGCGGGUGGAGCGAGUGGAGAGGGACGUGGAGUACCUGGAGAAUAAGACCCCUAACCAGCCCCACAUCGAGGUAGAGGAGGCCCUGAUCGAACAGCAGAUGAAAGACACCCAGAAGAAAAUAGUAAAGAUCACACUGGGGACAGACUGCAACAUAGCUCUCACUGGUGUGAAGUCUCUGAAGAUAGUGAAGAAAGCAGGGGACGUCUAUGGAUCCUGGCUGAAAGACCCUACUAAGGGCUCUGCCAAAAUCUAUUUCUUCAGCGGGAAUAAGAACAACACCGUACUGGAGUUUAAAUCCUUGAAGACCUUCACUGAUGGAAGGCUCGCCCAGGCUCAUCCAAUUCAGCUCCCCUUUCCCUGGCAGGGAACUGGCCAUGUGGUCUACAAUGGCUUUCUGUACUAUCACAGGGCAGACACACCCAACCAGAUCUUAAAGGUGCAUCUCCUCAACCGCACUGUGGCCGACAGUAUGCUGCUGCCCGGGGUUGGCCGCCUGCCUACCUACGCCCUCACCACGCACACCUUCCUGGACCUGGCUGUGGACGAACUGGGCCUGUGGGUCAUCUACUCUGACCCAGAGUUUGGGGGCAACCUGGUGAUCACCAAGCUGGACAAGAGCAGCCUGGCUGUGGAGCACACCUGGGACACCACCUGUACGAGCCGCGACGCAGAGUCAGCAUUCAUGAUCUGUGGAACACUGUACGUGGUGUAUAACUCCCGCUACGGAGGGCGCUCCAGCAUUCAGUGCCUGUACGAUAUCCACGACACCAUCCACAGUGAGGAGAGCCCUGUGCUGUUCUUUCCUAAGCGCUACACCAACCACUACAGUAUGCAUUACCACCCCAAGGACAAGCAGCUGUAUGCCUGGGACGACGGUUACCAGACCAUCUACAAAGUGGACCUCAAGAGCAAGGCUGAAGUCUGACAUGAGUCUACAUUAAACGCUUAUCAGUCAUAGAACCACAGGCGUAUUCAAAACAUAACUAAUUAACAAUGUCCAUAUUCUUAUCAUAAUAGCCAACAAUAAUCCAUUUAAGUUGAGGUAACACAAUACACAGUUUACUCAAGGCCCAUAUUUUAGUGGUCAGAUGGUUCUUAGUACAAUGUAGUGGUCAGAUGGUUCUUAGUACAAUGUAGUGGUCAGAUGGUUCUUAGUACAAUGUAGUGGUCAGAUGGUUCUUAGUACAAUGUAGUGGUCAGAUGGUUCUUAGUACAAUGUAGUGGUCAGAUGGUUCUUAGUACAAUGUAGUGGUCAGAUGGUUCUUAGUACAAUGUAGUGGUCAGAUGGUUCUUAGUACAAUGUAAUCAGAUGCUUCUUGGAGGUACAGUGACUGAAAAUACGUUUUUGCCAAUGUGGCACUGUUGAACUGAAUGAGGUGAGAUAGCUCUCCCAAAACAGUAGCUUUUUGCAUAGUCAUACAUGUUUAUGGAGCAACUUUUAUGACCCUGCUGAACACAUCAGAGCUCUAAAGAUUGGAUGUGCCUGUAAAGUAAUGGGAAACAACUAAAUCUGACAUUUCCACAAGCUGAUGGUACUAUUCUAUUAACAGACAAACCAUAUUUUCCUAUUCCUGUUCCUAUAAUAAUUUUGAUAUGAGCUUCUGUUCUUUGUGGUGACUUUGAAAGGCAGUACAUGACAUGUUAUUAUUGGUGUAUGUAUAUGGCAUAGCAACCACGUGAACAGGCGAAUUGAGCAUGGGCCAAGUGUAAUCAAAUGAGAUUAGGUAGCUAGUAACACAGUUGGUGUCAUAAUACCCAUAAAACCCGAGUGGUCAAACAGGCAAAUGGUUCCAAUCGUUUUUCCACCAUUCAUUAUUCCCAUAGGGCAUUUUAGAAACACUUGGCUAGGCAUACUCUGGCAUGAUGUUUUGAGAACUAUGUAAAUCACUCUCACAAGGUGCCUUGUAUCAAUAUAUUCAGCUCAUUUACUCUCAGAUUAAAAAAUGCUAAUUGGCAUCAAAGUAAACAUCAUGCAAGACUACAAAUCCCUGCAAGCUCCUGCACGUCAUCUCUAGCUGACACCUUUGCUAACAGGUAUUGUGUCAAUUUAAAACUUGCACAAGACAGUUCAAAGAAAUGUCAGUUUAAAGAAAUUGUAUUUAUUCAUUACUAAAUGCGUUACUAAAUUAAAAUAAAAUUGUAUGUUAAUCCAGAGAUUCUUACCUUUGCCUUGAUUCGGCAGUCUCGUCCAAAUGAUCAUGGCAUUUGUAGUUCUUUAUGAUAGCCACAUAAACAGCUGAUUAGCAUUUAAUUUUGGGGGGGUAGAUACAGGCGACUGUUUUGAUAAAUCACCUUGUCCUAGAGAGAGUUACAUGGUUAUCAAAACGUCACGCCAGGUAAUCCCAUAUGGGAAAAAAUGUAUGGUGGAAAACGAUAGAACCAUUUCCUUGUUUGACCGCUAGGUUUUAUGGGUAUUAUGACUCAUGCUGUGGUAAUCUAACCUGAGAUAUUUUUGCUGUGGUUUUUUUGUAUAACUAUGCUUGUCUCACUUAUAAUCAGCAGAUGGCACUGUUGUCAAGAACUUCAGCACAAACCGCCAGUGAGCCAAGCGUCCAAAUGAUAGGCUGGCUAUAUGUUUUAGUCCUACAGUCCUAGGGUAUAUAAUACUGUGCACGUGCUGGGCCAUGGCAGACUCAACCAAGUGAGAUAAAAAUUUGCACAGGUAAAUGGGGACCCCCCCCCCAAAAAAAAAAGUGUAUUUAUGUGUACACAAAUAGCAUACAGAAGAUGUGAUGAGUUGUAAUAUAUGUAUUACACGUGAUUACAGUAAUUUGUUGCAGAUUUGAGUUUACAUGUCGUCUUUUUCACGUAUUGGGAAUGAUGAGUAGCUAGAGCACAUGGGCUGUGUAGUUUGAUGGGAUGGCACACCCUUAGAAUCACAUGAUAGGUGAUUGGUGGAGAGGCUUUAUGAUGAACACACUUAUGGCGUUGGCAGCGCAAAGGCACAGUCGGUCAAUGCGCGGAGCAUCCCAUCGCUGAAGACACCACUUACAGUGCCAAGGACCAUUUUAAAUCCAAGGUGGUCAAUAGUGUAUUUUGCAAGUUGCAGGGGAGGAAUACGCGCUGGAGAGCAAGUCUCCGAAGUCGAGGAUAUUAUAGGUAAUGCCGAGACACUUGUUUUCUUAUUAUUAUUUACUUAGUAAAGUUUGUAUCCUACUCGCAGGUAUUCAUAAUAUAAGUAGAUACGAUUUAAAGCCUAUCUGUAGCCGAAUGUACGGCGGCUUUGUGAAUAAACACAAUUUUAAUUGUUCUA